AUGAAAAGACAUCCUCAAGUGGCACAUGCUAGAGUUAUAUGUGACACUCCAUCAAACGAGGAAAAUAUUAUUUGCACAAAAUUGAGAACUCAUCAUUUUGUGAAUAAUUUGCGGUUGAUACUACCUGCAUCUGACUAUCUCAAGGUCCAGGCUCUGACGGAAAAACUGACUUUUACUUACUACGAAGGUACUAUAGCUCUUCAUAAACUAAUAACUACACAAUUCAUAGAUAAAAUUAAAGAGAACCCACAGUUUUUGCUUCUGACACAUAGUAAGGAGAUUGACAACGAUAACGUUAUUUGCAUAACAGAUGGGACCCUUUAUUUAAGUCUGACCGACGAGACAUACAGACGUUCCGGACUCUUGGGUAAACAAUCCGGUUUUUUGUUACCCCGAAAACAAAAAUGCAAAUGGAAUUUAAGAAUUGAUAUCUCAAAUGGUUUGAAUUUGGAACGAAAUGAUAACCAGCAUUUUAAGCUUUUGUGGUUUUUGGAGAAAGUUUUAACUGAAGAGUUUCAAGUCGUUAUGAGCUCUAACGAGCAACAGUUAGAUAUACCAGGUUUUAGAAAAUGUGGAGUAGCACCUCGUGUGUCUAUUUUCAAGAAUAGUUUACUUCCAGAUCUCCAAUUUCAGCAAGAUGAAAGUUGGCUAUGUGAAAUACUUGAAUGGAUUGCCUUAUGUACUCUAAAAAGCAAACAACUCGUUACUUCAGAAGACCCUUACAUCUCAGCGUAUUCUGAAACCGUUUCAAUAUUCGAUAGUGAGGAUGAGAAUUCACGGCUAGAUUUGGUUAUAGUCGAAUGGAUUGGUUUAUUGCUACCAAAGCAUGCCCUACUCUCUACAAUAAAGUCGCUCCAAUUGGAAGAGGAAAAUUAUAGGCCCUCUUGGUUUGCAAUGGUCGACUACGGAGUCAUGGACAGCAAUCUAAGCCACGGAAACAAUGAACACAGCUUUGAAUCUAAUGGGGAACACAUUGAUUUAGUUUUGGGUAAGCACAAGGAAUGGCUGUUAUAUCAAGUUCUGGGGGCGAGAGAUGGUUCAUAA